AUGAUAAAGAUAAAAGGGCGAAAAUACACCCGCGAUGAUGUAAUCAAAUGCUUCGAAAUCAUUCCAUUCACUGUAUUCUAUUUGCGACCAUCAUCUCAGUGCAUACUCGAAACGUUUUUCAAGCCAUAUCAAUUUCACGCUUCUGUUAUUCCUUCUUCAUCAUCUUCACCAGUGUUAACCAAUGCAGUCGAUAUCAACAGCACUUUUACUCGCGCUCCUGUCGAUUGUUUUCUACUUGUUCCAUUGUCAUGCACAGUAGCAAGUAAUUUUCGGUCUUACAGAACCGUCUUUGUAAGUGCAAAAUUGGCAUUCGCUCAUUCGUUGCAACCAUGCAAGUUGUAUCGAUUCACGUUCCGUUCCCAAAAAUCGCCUGCUAACCUCAUUGAACGAUGCGUUUCGGUUGAAUUAUUACCUCAGCGGAACCAUCUGACGGAUGGCGCUGCUGAUGUGCAAAUGUCUGAGAUGUGUUACUUCAACACGUUCUCGACAUACUCGAAACCCAACGAUACUUUCCUCUUGACAGAUGUGUGUGCUAUUGAAGACUCGUCAGUCAUCACAGCCGAUGUGGCUCGAGUGGCAAUGUUGAAGUCGCCACAUUAUUCAGAAUCUGAUUACAGCCAUGAACUUCAAGAAUUCUUCACAACUCCAAGAUUGCUUUCAGCUGGUGAUGUUUUUGCUGUUGAAGUUGUCAACAAAUUUACAGCUGAGAAGUGUCGUGUAUUUUUCAAGGUUGUAUCUCUGGAAAGCGAUCAAAAUAUAGCGGCACAUUUAUAUCUAGUUAGCUCAUCACAAUCCGCCCUAUAUCAGGUUUCCACAGUUUGCGGGCCAAUUCCCGUAGAACAUCCGGGUAGAUUCAUACCAGAACCGUUAAGUGACGUAGCCAAUCGUUUACAUUCAAUGAUUUUGGCUAACGAUCAUUUAUCGCUAGAUCAAGCCCUGAAUAUUCUCCUAAUUGGAGCCCCUGGAUCAGGCAAAAAGCUACUGCUCAAGUAUUUGGCGUCAGUCAUCAAUCUGAACAUCGUCGAAGUGGAUGGUUUGAAUGUUUGGAGUGAGGUUGCUGGAACCUCAGAAGCGAAGCUCAAAGCUNCAUUCCAUAGGGUUGCGGAUUACGGUCGUUAUUGUAUAGUUGUCUUUACAAAUAUUGAUGUGAUUGGUUUGGAUCCGUCCACAGACGAAAUUGAUUGUCGGGUUUGUGCGUAUUUGGAUGAAUGCUUACAAGAGUGUCGAGCUCGUGCUGUUGUAUUCGUUUGUGAACGUCGCAAAGCAGAGAAACUGAGCAGUUCACUUCGAGCGUUGUUCCUCUAUGAGAUCGAGUUGAAAGAUUUACGAGAAAAUGAUCGAUAUGCAGUUUUCGAAAAUGAAUUGCAAAAAUUCAAAAAUUGUGUUGAUUUUCAAACAAUCGCUCGUCAUACAAGUGGAUUUGUGCUCGCUGAACUUCAUACAGUUAUUGCGGACGCCUUAUAUCGUCAGCAUGAAACAAAAUCAGAAACGCUGUCAAAUGAACAUAUCGAAUGGGCCAUCGACGUUCGCAAUAAAUCGUUUGCAGAUUCCGUUGGUGCGCCUAAGAUUCCAAAAGUAACUUGGGAUGAUGUGGGUGGCUUGACAGAUGUCAAACAAAUCAUUUGUGAAAGCCUGGAGCUGAAUCUGAAAGGCGGCAAAGGCCUGAAACGCUCAGGAGUGAUACUGUAUGGACCACCGGGAUGUGGUAAAACACUCAUUGCGAAGGCUGUCGCAAGUCAGUUCAAAGUAACCUUUUUGAGCGUCAAAGGACCCGAGCUACUGAACAAAUACGUUGGACAGUCUGAAUAUAAUGUUAGAAACGUAUUCGAACGAGCACGACUGGCCGCUCCGUGUGUCGUCUUUUUCGAUGAAUUAGAUUCUUUAGCGCCCCAGCGCGGACGAUCUGGCGAUUCGGCCGGUGUAGCUGAUAGAAUUGUGUCGCAGUUGUUGGCUGAACUCGACUCGUUGGGUGAUUCAAAAAUAUUCGUCAUGGGUGCUACGAAUCGACCUGACCUACUCGAUCCUUCGCUACUAACACCCGGAAGGUUUGAUAAGAUGAUACGAGUUGACGUUAACAAAGAUGCAAAGAGUAAAGAGAACGUCUUACGCGCGGUCAGUCGCAAUAUGAAGUUCACUGACGAUGUGGAUCUCGCCGAAAUUGCUAAGAAGUGUCAUGAACGAAUGUCAGGCGCUGAUCUGUAUGCGUUGAUUUCGCGUGCAACAAUGCAUGCAAUCCGAACGCAUGUUGAACGGAUUGAAGGCGGAUUAGAAAAGCCGAAUGAAUGCGGUGAAGUGAUCGUUUGUAACGAGGAUGUGCGCGCUGCAUUGAACGAGGUAUAUCGUUGGUGA